AAUUAUCCUGAUUUUUUUUUUCAUUAGUGUUUUGAGGCUUAUAGAAUUUGACAGGCAGUUAGACAGUGAGAGAGAGAGAGACAGAGAGAAAGGUCCUCCCUCUGUUGGUUCACUCCCUAAAUGGCCGCCUCGGCCUGCGCACUGCGCUGAUCUGAAGCCAGGAGCCAGGUGCUUCUCCUGGUCUCCCAUGGGGUGCAGGGCCCAAGGACUUGGGCCAUCCUCCACUGCACUCCCGGGCCACAGCAGAGAGCUGGACUGGAAGAGGAGCAACUGGGACAGAACCUGGUGCCCUAACCAGGACUAGAACCCUGUGCCCUAACCAGGACUAGAACCCGGUGCCCUAACCGGGACUAGAACCCGGGGUGCUGGUGCUGUAGGCGGAGGAUUGAGGCUUAUAGAAUUUUACAGCUGGGGGCUGACACUGUGGUAGAGUAGGUUAAGCCUCCACCUGUGGCACCAGCAUCCCAUAUAGGCACUGGUUUUGAGUCCGACCUGCUCUACUUCUGAUCCAGCUCCCUGCUGUGGCCUGGAAAAGCAGUAGGAGAUGACCCAAAUCCUUGGGCCCCUGCACCCACGUGGGAGACCUGGAAGAAGCCCCCAGCUCCUGGCUUCAGAUCGGCGCAGUUGCGGCCAAUUGGGGAGUGAACCAUCGGAUCGGUAUAGCUCCAGCUGUUGCAACUAAUUGGGGGGUGAAUCAGUGGAUGGAAGACCUCGCUCUCGCUCGCUCUCUCUGCAUCUUCUUUCUGUGUGUAACUCUUUCAACUAAAUAAAUAAAUCUUUAAAAAAAUAUUUGGUAGGAUUUACUAAUGGAAUGAUCUGGGUCUGGAGUUUUCUUUAUUGAGAGAUUUCAAACCACAAACUCAAAGUUUUAAUAGUUUGCAUAUUUCUAGGAUAUGGGUCCACUUUACCCAAGUGUUGAUUUAAUGGGCAUAGAGUUGUUGAUAGUCUUCUUUUGUUAUUCUUUUUAUGUCUGUCAAUCAGAAGUGAUGUCCCCAUUGGCAUACCUGAUUUCUCUCUAUUUCUUAUCCAUUUCACUGUUAUCCAUUUCACUGCUUUCUGUACUAAUUUGUAUUAAUUUUGUCCUUCUGCAUAUGUUGGGUUUAAUUUGGUCUUCUUUCUGUAGUUUAUUUUGUAUUUUUUUUUUUUUUGACAGGCAGAGUGGACAGUGAGAGAGAGAGACAGAGAGAAAGGUCUUCCUUUUCCAUUGGUUCACCCCUCAAUGGCCACUAUGGCUGGCGCACUGUGGCCGGCGCGCACCACACUGACCUGAAGCCAGGAGCCAGAUGCUUAUCCUGGUCUCCCAUGCGGGUGCAGGGCCCAAGGACUUGGGCCAUCCUCCACUGCACUCCCGGGCCACAGCAGAGAGCUGGACAGGAGGAGGGGUGACUGGGACAGAAUCCAGUGCCCCGACCGGGACUAGAACUCGGGGUGCCGGCGCCGCAGGCAGAGGAUUAGCCUAUGGAGCCGCAGCAAUGACCUGUAUUUUCAUUUUUAUUGAAAGGUAGAGAGACAAAGGGAAAUCUAUCCACUAGUUUAUUCCCUAAGUGUCUACUACAGCCUGGGCUGGUCCAGGCUGAAGCCAAGAGCCAGGAACUUCAUCCAGGUCCCCCACACGGGUGGCAGGAACCCAAGUACUAGGGCCAUUAUUGGCCUUGCAGGUAUAUUAGUAGGAAGCUGAAUUAGAAACAGAGUAGCUAGGACUCAGCCUUCACUUCAGUAGUGGAUGUGGAGUUGGUGUUGUGACGUAAUGGGUAAAGCUGCCACCUGCAACAUCCCCUGUGGAUGCGGGUUCCUGUCCUGGCUGCUCCACUUUCAUUCCAGAUCCCUGCUAAUGGCCUAGGGAAGGCAAUGGAAGAUGGCCAAGUGUUUGGGUCCCUGCCACCCAUGUGGGCGACCUAGAUAAAGCUCCUGGCUUCCGCCGAGCACAGUCCUGGUGGUUGUGGCCAUUUGAGUGGAAGGAAGAUUUUCUCUCUCUCUCUCUCUCCCCUCCCCCUCCCAUUCCUUCUCCCUCUCCCUUUCUCUGUGUAACUCUUUCAAAUAAAUAAAUCUUUUUUGAAAAAAAAAAAUGCUAUGUUUGAUUUUUGUUCCUUUCAACUUGUUAAGGUUUGUUUUAUGGCCCAAGAUUUUUUUUAAGAUUUAUUGAGUUAGAGAGAGAGAGAGGGAGAUCCUGUAUCCGCUGGUUCACUCCCCAGAUGGCCACAGUGGCUGUGGCUAGGCCAGGCUGAAGCCAGGAGUCAGGAUUUUUUUCUGAACCUCCCAUGUGGGUGCAGGGGCUCAAGCACUUGGGCCAUCUUCUGCUGCUUUCCCGGCACAAUAGCAGGGAGGUAGACUGGAAGUGGAGCAGCGGGGAUACAAAAUCCAACCCAUAUGGGAUGCUGGCAUUGCAGGGAGUAGCUUAACGUAUUAUGCCGCAAUGCCAGUCACAGGAUGUUUUAAGUUGGUGAGUAUUCCAUGCACACUUGAAAAUUAAGUUUAUUUAGCUGUGUUGAGUGGAGUGUUCUAUAAAAGCCAGGUCAAACUGAUUGACACUGCUGUUCAAAUAGUUUUUGACUAUCCCAGUUGGUUCUGGCUCAGGGUCUUGCACAUGCAGUAAUGAAGGCACUGAGAAUGGCUACAGUUGUUGCAAGGUGCCAUGGGAAGAUGAUCACAUGGAUCUCUCCACAACAUGGCAGCAGGAUUCCUCAGAAGGAGCAAGCGAGGCCUCACGAGAUGGAAGUCACGUUCUCUUGCAACCUCAUCUUGGAGUGACGUCCCCUCACCACACCCGUUCUAUGCAGUAGAAGUGAGUCCAGCAGGGGCCGUCUUAGAGGCUGCCUACAACAGAGAGAAAAAAAGCCUGUAUUGUACAAAGCCCAAUGAGAAUCAGUUCAGAUUUAACAGUGGUUUUGCUUUUCCAGAUAUCAUUUGAUGAUGUGGCUGUAGAUUUCACUUUGGAAGAGUGGCUCCUACUUAAUCCUACUCAAAAGAAUUUGUACAGAGAUGUAAUGUUGGAGAACUGUAGCAAUCUAGUGUUCUUGGCAGGUUACCAAAUGAUGACACCAGAUGUCAUAUUCAAGCUGAAACAUGAUGAGCCAUGGAUCAUAGAUGAAGAAAUCCUAAGUCAGAACUUUUCAGAAGUCUGGCUAGAUAAUGAUUCCAAAAUAUGGCAUCAAGAUAAUCAAGACAAGCUUAAAAGUAUGGAGAGAGGCCAUCAAUAUGAUGUCUUGGAGAAAAUAUUUAAUUCAAGCAUAAACUUUGUUCCUUUAGGAAUGAGACUCCAGAAAUGUGGCACAGGUGAGAAAAGUUUGAAACACCCUUUUGAUUUUCUUGUGCAAAAAAAUACCUGUGGAAGAAACAAACUUUAUGAGUUCAGUAAGAAAUUAUUACUCUCUAUCAAAACUGAUGGAAUCCACAGUGGAACAAAAUACUGUGUUUGCAGUAAAUGUAGAAAGUCCAGCAGGAGAGAGUCAUGGCUCAAUACAAACCAUGUAACACAAUCAGGAGCAUAUUUAUGCAUGGAAUGUGGCAAGGUUUUUAAGAAGAAGUCACAGCUUUUUAUUCAUCAGAGAACUCACACAGGAGAGAAACCCUAUCAAUGUAGUGAAUGUGGGAAAGCCUUCUCACAGAAGUCACUGCUCACUCUUCAUCAAAGGACACAUUCAGGAGAAAAACCAUAUGGUUGUGGUGAGUGUCCAAAGGCUUUCAGUAGAAAGUCAUUGCUCAUUUUACACCAGAGAACUCAUACCGGAGAGAAACCCUUUGGUUGUAGUGAGUGUGGGAAAGCCUUCAGCAGGAAAUCACAGCUUAAAAGGCAUCAGAUAGCCCACACAGUAGUAAAACCCUAUGGUUGCAGUGAGUGUGGGGAAGCUUUCUCCCAGAAACUAAAGCUCGUUGCACACCAAAGACUGCAUACAGGAGAGAAACCUCAUCAAUGUACUGAUUGUGGAAAAGCCUUCUUUUGGAAGUCACAGCUGAUUACCCACCAGAGGAUUCAUACAGGGAAGAAACCUUACGUGUGCAGUGAGUGUGGGAAAGCCUUCAGCAGGAACUCACUGCUCGUUAGGCAUCAGAGGAUUCACACAGGAGAGAAACCCUAUGAAUGCAGUGAAUGUGGCGAAGCCUUCGUCAGAAAGCCACAGCUUAUCAAACAUCAGAUAAUUCACACAGGAGAGAAGAACUAUCGCUGCAGUGAUUGUGAGGAAGCCUUCUUCAGAAAGUCAGAGCUAAUGAGACAUCAAAAAGCUCAUUUAGGAGAAAAAUCCUAUGGAUGUGUUCAAUGUGGAAAAACCUUCUUUGGGAAGUCACAGCUCCUGACACAUCAUAGAACUCAUACUGGGGAGAAACCUUACGAAUGCAGUGAGUGUGCGAAGGCCUUCGCCCAGAAGUCAAGUUUGAUAUCACACCUGAGAACACAUACAGGGGAGAAACCCUAUGAAUGCCGUGAGUGUAGGAAAACAUUCAGUGAGAAGUCAAGUCUCACUCAUCAUCAGAGAACCCAUACUGGAGAGAAGCCCUUCGAGUGUAGUGACUGUAGGAAGGCUUUUGCCUGGAAGCCACAGCUCCUUAGGCACCAGAGAAUUCACACAGGGGAGAAGCCCUAUGAAUGCAGUGACUGCGGGAAAGCGUUUGUUCAGAAAGUACAGCUCGUCAAACAUCAGAGAAAUCACACAGGGGAGAAGCCCUAUGGGUGCGGUGACUGUGCGAAAGCUUUCUUUGAGAAGGCACAGCUCAUUCUACAUCAGAGGAUUCAUACAGGAGAGAGACCCUACAAAUGUGGUGAGUGUGGGAAAUCUUUUACUAGGAAGCCACACCUUAUGAGGCAUCAGAGAAUUCAUACAGGAGAUAACUACUAUGGAUGCAGUGAAUGUGGGACCGCCUUCAACAAGAAAUCACAGCUCAUGAUACAUCAGAGAAAUCACACAAAAACCAUGUGAAUAUUGUAAACAUGGAAAGCUUGCUAUCAGAUGGCUUACCUGUUAAUGCUUCUGGGAAUACCGGGAGUCGAUCUCUGUUGAGACAGUGACUGUGAAGUGCCAGUGCAGUUGGUGUAGCUGAUGCCUGCAGUGCCGGCAUCCCACACGGGAACUUGGCUCCGAUCCAGCUCCCUGCUGGUAUGCCUGGGAGAGCAGUGGAAGAUGGCCCGAGUACUCGGGCCUCUGCACCCACGUGGGUGACCUGGAGGAAGCUCCUGGAUUCUGGCUUCAGAUCAGCUCAGCCCCAGCCAUUGCAGCUAUUUGGAGAGAACCAGCAGAUGGAAGAUCUCUCUCUCUCUCUCUCUAAAAAAGGAGAAA